GCACUGCCAGUACACUGCUCAUUCAAAGGGAAAGGAUGGAGUUGGCGCAUCCUCAACUUUCAUUUACCGCAAGCGCCGCACGGUACUUCAUGACAAACGAUGGCGCAUUAGAUUAAGAAUUCGUUUCUGUAUAUUCAAAUCUCUUUCAUACGUAAUAUGGAUAUUAGUGACGUUUUCUGGUACCCCGUCGCUUGUUGAUCGACCACACUGCUCGGGCUACAGGACCAUCGGGACAUUCAGUAAGCCGGCGGAGUAGCGAGUAUCCAUUGCAGGCUUGAGGAAAGGUCUUGGAUGCGCCAAUACGGGAUAGUUUAUAAAUAUUCGUAUAGAUCUAUACUUACUGACUGCUGAAGAUAUAUGAGCAACAGGGAUGGUUUUGCAUUACGCAUCGGAGACAAUCUACAAAUAAUUGAUAUUCAGUCUGCCUUUUCGCUGACAUUGUCAUAGGUUCCUUUAAGUUUUUCCCGACGGCUACUGAGAAAGAUCCUGUGCGCACUGCGAAGAUUUUAAAAGCACACAGUCUGCGACUCGGAUUCGGAUUAAACCACGUUGAGACCUACCUAAAUGGGAUAUUUCUUCAUAAUUUAAUCGCUCUAUGAAUUGAUGGGAAAACGUGCCGUUCAUCUGCUGUGAUGGGUACCCUCGGACUUUACUGACAUCGGGAACGGCCAUUCUUCAGGGACAUUGUCACAAAGGAAAAUGAAAGGAUCUAUCCCUCUUCAAGUUCUCCUCUAUGCUACAUUAAUUCGGAGCUUAAAGGUUGUAUCCAAGAGAGGUUCAGUGGAUGGCUGUACAGACUGGUCAGUGGACUACUUAAAAUACAGAGUUCUUCUUGGCGAGCCAGUGAGGAUUAAGUGUGCAUUAUUUUAUGGAUAUAUCCGAGCAAAUUAUACCCAUGCCCAGAGUGCUGGCCUCAGCCUGAUGUGGUACAAAAGUGUGGGCCAUGGGGACUUUGAGGAGCCCAUCACCUUUGACGGGAUCAGGAUGAGCAAAGAAGAGGAUUCAAUCUGGUUUAGACCAGCUGAAUUACAGGAUGUUGGUCACUACUCUUGUGUGCUACGAAAUUCCACAUACUGCAUGAAAGUGUCCAUGUCAUUAACUGUGUCAGAAAAUGACACAGACCUGUGCUAUAACUCUAAAAUGAAGUAUUUGGAGAAGGCUGAAUUGAGUAAGGGGAAGGACAUUCUCUGUCCUGACAUAGAUGACUACAUCCAGACUGGCAAGGAUCCAGAGAUUGUAUGGUAUAAGGAAUGUAGACCCAAACAGUGGCGACAAAGCAUUGUCAGGAAGAAAGAUACGCUUUCAAUUAAGGAAGUGAGAGAAGAUGACAUUGGAAAUUACACCUGUGAAUUAACAUUUGGAAACUUUCUAGUUAGAAGAACCACUGAACUGUCAGUCACAGCUCCAUUGACCGACAAACCUCCAAAGAUCAUCUUUCCUGCUGAAAACAAAAUUAGUAUCAUGGAGAUGCAAUUAGGGAGUCUGGUGAACCUGACAUGUCGAGCCUUCUUUGGCUACAGUGGCGAUGUGAGCCCGCUCAUCUACUGGAUGAAGGGCGAGAAGUUCAUCGAGGACCUGGAUGAGAGCCGGAUCCGUGAGAGUGAAAUCAAGACUCUGAGGGAGCACCUGGGAGAACAGGAAGUGUCCAUCUCUCUGACCAUAGAUGCCUUAGAAGAAGCUGACCUGGGUAACUACACUUGUUUCGUGGAGAAUGGGAAUGGCAGAAGACAAGCAAACGUCCUGCUCACCAAGCGCGCAGAGCUGAUGUACACAGUGGAGCUGGCUGGUGGACUCGGUGCCAUCCUCCUCUUGCUGGUCUUCCUGGUCACGCUGUACAAGUGCUACAGAAUUGAGCUCAUGCUCUUUUAUAGGAACCACUUUGGCAGCGAAGACGUGGAUGGCGAGAACAAGGACUAUGAUGCAUAUUUGUCCUACACUAAAGUGGAGCCAGAACAGUGGAGCCAGGAGACCCGAGAGGAGGAACGCUUUGCCCUGGAGAUUCUUCCAGAUAUUCUGGAGAAACAUUAUGGGUAUAAACUCUUCAUCCCAGACAGGGAUUUGAUUCCUACUGGAAGUUUCACCAAUGAUCAUUUCCAGGAUGACACAAGGCUCCUUAGAGCCUACAUUGAAGACGUAGCGCGCUGUGUGGAUCAGAGCAGACGUCUGAUAAUCGUGAUGACCCCGAGCUACGUGGUGCGUCGCGGUUGGAGCAUCUUCGAGCUGGAGACACGUCUGCGUAGCAUGCUGGCCAGCGGCGAGAUCAAGGUGAUCCUGAUUGAAUGUGCCGAGCUGCGCGACACCAUCAACUACCAGGAAGUGGAGGCACUCAAGCACACCAUCAAGCUGCUGACCGUAAUUCGCUGGCCCGGGCCAGAGGGCAGCAAGCUUGAGAGCAAGUUCUGGAAGCGGCUGCGCUACGAGAUGCCAUUUAAGCGGCGUGAGCGCGCACUCUCGCACGAGCUUUCACACGAGCUCUCGCAUGAGCAGGCGCUGGAUGCCGGCGAGCUGCAGAGCGUUUCGGCUCUCUCGAUGGCGGCGGCUGCCUCUACGGCCGUGGCCACCGCGCGACCCGAGCUGCGCUCUACCUUCCGUAACAGCAGCUGCCACGCGCCACUCGGACAGAAACACUACUACCGCAGCUACGGGUAUGACGUGCCACCGCUGCCCACGCUGGGCACUCACCAUACCUACUGCAACAUCCCCAUGACUCUGCUGAACGGACAGCGCACACAGGGCAAAGCACAGCGCACCGAGCAGCAGCAGCAGCAGCUGGAGGAGCAGCACGCUAACAACGCUAUGCUGCCGCUGCUACCGCGUGAGACCAGCAUCUCCAGCGUCAUCUGGUGACGUCGAGCCGCGACGGAAAACGGACCGUUUUUUUUUUUUUAGUCUUUAAAUCCUUGUUUGUUGACACCUUUCCUAGUAACGUAAGCGAUAAGAAAAAAAAAGAAAAACGGAUCGUAUCGACUGCUGUUGCUGCUGCUGAACUCACUUUCACACGCAGGAACAAAAUGAGGAGUGAGAACACUGGCCGAGGUGAUAAGGUGUGAGGUCGAUAAAAACAGAGAAAGCUGCUGCGUUUCAGACCGACCCACACACACACACACACACACACACACACACACUCUUAAGGAAUACAGGGUCUUGUACAUAUAUUUCAGAUUUCUUUGUAGCAUUGGUAUUUCUUUCAGUUCCUUCAGGUUUUUUUUUUUUUUACUACAUUUCAGUUUCUUUUUAUCAUCCAAAUGUUUUGUAUCUUAUUUUUAUUAUAUAUUUUUUCUUGACUAGAGAUCUGUAAGGUAUCAUUUUUUUUGCAUUUUUUCUGCAGUUUGGAAGAAUAUCCUUUAAAUUUUUUUUAUUAUUAUUUUAUAUGUGUGUGUGUGUGUUUUGGGAUUUGUGAGUUGUGACGUUUGAGACAACAUGGUUUGUUCUGUUGUUUUUUAUUUGUUUGUUUGUUUUGUUUUUUUCGGUUGAUGGUUGAACAGUUGGGUAUCUCCGUUUUUUUAGAGACUCAUGAACAAAACUCGAAUUAUGCAAAAAGUGCAGAAGCCUGGGAGCUAAUUUUCUUCCUGAACAAACGACCAAGCAGAAGACACGAGAGAGGAAGCAAAAAUGCCUCAACAUGACGAUCUAGUGUCUCUGUUCUCUCUCUCUCUCUCUCUCUCUCUCUCUCCCUCGCUCUCUCUCUCUCAUGAAUUAUUAAUACUUUCUAUCAAAAGGAAAAACCAACAGCUUUGCUGUUUAGCUUGAUAGUAAAAAAAACAUUCACCAUUUAAAAAAAUCUGUAUAUUAUUUUAAAAGAAAGAAGUAUAUUUUUAUAACAAAAAAAAGAAUUUGCUUGGAAAGACAUAGUCACAUUUCAUUCAACUAAUCAGAAGUGUGGAGUGAUUUGUUUGCAUAAAGACCUACCUUUAACUUGAACAAAAAAAAAAACAGUGAACGUAUUUUUUAUUUUUUUUUGUCUUAAAUCAGGGACGGGUGAAGGGGAAAGAGGUGAAGAAAAGAUUCGAUUUGUAUUUUAAUUUUUUUUUUUAAUUCCCACACGGCGACAGUGUCAAUUUUGAGUGUCAUAGCAACUAGAUAUGUAUUCAGUUUAAAAUAAAAAAAUAUCUAUAAUUAUAUAUUUACAGAAUAUUUCCCAUUAUCAUCAUCAUCAUCAUCAUCAUCAUCAAACUUCUUUUCCUUUUAAUCGCCGUUUCAGUGCCUCCUCCCUGCACACUCAUUUCCUACUCUACCUGGUUUGUCCUGGAGCUUUCACUUCCUGUCAUGACAUCACUUCCUCUUUGUGCCUCAUCUUUUCAGUAUUGGAGCAGAAGCUGAAGCAGGUCCUGAGCUCUGAGGUAAGAAACGUUGAAGGUGUGGAUUCUCUCAGGAGCAACUCGAAUGUUUACUUCCAAUCGAUGUCCAUUUCAAGAUUUAUUCCAAAACUAAACCUUUACUUUUUAUUUGAUUUUUUUGUAUAGCACUUUUAAUAAGUCGCAAAGCAGCUUUACAGAACUAGAAACAUUCAGGAUAUAAAAUUAGACAUCUUCAAUGUAUCUUAAAUGAGUAAGUCAGAGGCGACAGUGAUGAGGAGAAACUCCUUGAGAUGAUGUGAUGAUGAAACCUUGAGAGGCUCGAAAGGGAACCUCAUCCUCAUCCUCACCAGAGAGUGUGAUUAGAAAUCCAUUAUUUUUUCCCUUCUGUAACUCUACACUAUAUACUCAAAAAUUGUGACAGAAAGCAUCUUCCAGGUUUUGUGUAGUUCCAGAAAUUUGGACUAAAAUAACUCAUUCCCUCCUUCAUUCCUCCAUCUCGCUCGGUUCAUUUUCACCUCAGAGUUUCUUCGUUACAGUAAAUCCUCGGCUUCACACGUUUUCGAGGUGCACCAAGCCUUAGGGUUGAUCAGAGAUCCAGCUGUUCACUUCCACAUCCAGUGUCAUUUACAGAUGAAAUGCACAGCUGGACUUUAAAGCAGCAGCCAAACUAAACUCUGUAGCACAGGGAGUCAGUCGCGCUUGAGCUCGGUGUCAGGACCGGGGGUUUUCACACUGCAGUCUGAAUCUGAGUGUGAUGUUCUGCUGCCCAGAGCAGCCUUAAUUCUUCAUCCUCCUUCAUAACAAACCCUUCAAAAACACAACCAUGUCAACUCAGAGUAUAGAUUUUAUUUGCUGCUAUUAUGCACAAUGAGGCAUCUCAUCAAUUCUCUUCUCUUCUCUUCUCUUCUCUUCUCUUCUCUUCUCUUCUCUUCUCUUCUCUUCUCUUCUCUUCUCUUCUCUUCUCUUCUCUUCUCUUCUCUUCUCUUCUCUUCUCCUCUUCUCUUCUCUUCUCUUCUCUGAUUCUCCUUAUCACUCAUGUUACACGUGUCAUGAUGUCAUUAAAACACACGUGCAGGUUUUUACUUCCUGAACGAGUGCAGACCCGAGUUCUAGCUGCAUUCACGUUCACAGGAAUCUCGGCACCGUUCCAGUGCGACGGAACUCACACCACCUCCUACAGGAAGUCUCGGGGUCGGUACCAUGGUGCACUUCCUGGUCCAUGUAACAGCUUCCACAUUACCAAUUUUUCACAUUUUGUUUCAGACUAAACCGCCGGUGUGAAAACCUGUUCAGCGUUUCUGUCAGCAUGUGCAGCGCAGCGGAAUUCCA